GGGAGACCCUGCUGUUCUUCAAACAUCUGCUGUCUCCUGCUCCUGUCCUCCGUGGCCCUGGGUGAUCGGACAGGUGGGCGGCCCACUGACGCCCUGACGGUGAGCGGGGCACAGCAAAAUGGCUGCCCUCGCCAGCUCGCUGAUCCGGCAGCGCAGGGAAGUCAAGGACCCCCAAGCCAACCGCCAGAUCUCCACCAAACGCAAACCUUGCCCCAAGAGCAACAAGUCGCUCUGCCAGAAACAGAUCCUCAUCCUCAUCUCCAAAGUCCGGCUUUGUGGCAGUCGAGGAAGAAAACUAGAAAAAAGACCCGAGCCUCAGCUGAAAGGUAUCGUCACACGUCUCUAUUGUCGGCAUGGCUUCUACCUGCAAAUGUUACCCGAUGGCACCUUGGACGGCACAAAGGACGAAAACAGCUCCUUCUUGCUGUUCAACUUGAUUCCUGUGGGUCUGAGGAUAGUGGCCAUCCAGAGCACCAAGACAGGACUCUACAUAGGCAUGAACAGCGAGGGCUACCUUUACACAUCAGAACAUUUCACACCGGAGUGCAAGUUUAAGGAGUGUGUGUUUGAGAACUAUUAUGUCACAUACUCCUCGAUCCUGUACCGUCAAACGCAGUCGGGUCGGGCCUGGUACAUUGGCAUCAACCGAGACGGACAGGUUAUGAAAGGAAAUCGGGUCAAAAAGACUAAAGGAGCAGCCCACUUCCUUCCCAAGCUUAUAGAGGUUGCCAUGUACAGGGAACCAUCGCUACAUGAUGUUGCCGAGCAAAGCCCGCCUAGGAAAACGGCCAAAACAUCAGACUCCCCCGUCCAUAAAAACGGCAAGAAAGACCAAGUGCUUCCCGCCCCCACAGCCUCCUAGCGGCAGUAGAAGAAAGUCUUCGUUUGCACGGACUUGCCAUGAACGCCAGCAGUGGCACAGGAGGUCUGGUACAAACAAUGUUUGUAGUCCCUCCAACCGACCCUCAGAACUUUGACAUUUCCAACAACGAAUCAGGGCUCAAAAGACCCUUGCCGACCGGUCUAAUGCCCACCGCACUUCCUUUUGGUCUCUCCUGCUCCUUAAUCAAGGGAAUACCGAGCAAUAAUAACCGCACUGGUCUGGGGUCAGAAUGUGACGGCGUCGCUUUUGUGAGAACAGCAACUCCUAAAAGAAAGGAUCUUUGUCUUCCUCUUCUUUUUUAGUAUUUCAAGAAGAAACACUUCCUCUUGUGAAGCGAUUCGUGCUUGACAUUUAAACCCUCCGGUUCCUUUGUUCAAGCAUUGAUAGAUUCCCCAAAAUCUGUUCUAUUUUUUUUUAACAGAGAUCCCCCUUCAUCUCUAAGCCUUGUUUGUAAUCUCCUCUCCCUUCUCUACCUCUUCUGCACUUUGAUUAGCUUGACACACAGAGGCCAUUUUCCACUUCACAACACAGGAAAAGCCCCGCACACUCUCCCGGGGACCAUUAAGGAUGCCAUACACGCGCACACACACACACACACACACACACCAAAUAACUAAAUAAAUAAAACUUCCCCUCCUCUUAGGAUGAGGAUGUUUAGAGUCAUUCGACCUUAGGCAGUGCAAACCUUUCUCUGCUCAUCGGCUCCUGCUCUGAUGAGUCUGCGGAGGCUGGACGUGUGAGAGUGUGUGUGUGUGUCUAUGUGUGUGUGUGUGUGUGUGUGUGUGCAUGCAGUGAACAGUAAUACAAUAUCAUUUGUAAGAUGACUCAUAACAGAGGCAGUAGGGCGGCAUUAUUGUUUCUUUUUGUUAUGAUAAGUCGUUGUUUUUUCUCAUUGCAAUAUGCCCAGAGAGCAAUAUCGGUACAGCUGCACUCUUUCUCCUCUCUUUUUAGCAUGUGUGCUGCUUUAGAGCAGGGUUUCUCAAAGUAGAUAUGCUGACUACUGAGGCUGCAAGUUUCCCAAAGUUCAUGUCCCUACAUUCAAUUUUAUUCUAUUACAUUUGCCUGAGAGCAAAGGCACUUCACCCAGCCAAAUGAAACAACACAGGUGCUGAAAAGGUCCAAUUGGGCUUCAUUUUCUUUUGAUAAAAUUGAGGAAUUAGACCCGGAGGAGCUCAAAGAGAAUCGUUUUUUUGGAAACCUUGCACGGAGAGUCCAAACAGACCUGUAACUUCUCACCUCCAGAGGUGUUGAGAAUAUCAGUAUGUAAAUGUAAAUGUACCUACCAGGUACCUGAUGACACAUCACACUUAUGCCUUUGCAGUAAUAUUUCUGAUAAUGUUUUCAUGCAUAUCACCUACAUUAUGGAAAUAUGAUUUAAUACUACACUACCAGUCAAAAGUUUAGGGUUGGUAAGAAUUUUUUAAAUGUUUUUGAAAGAGUCUCUUACUCUUACCAAUGCAUUUAUCUUGUGAAAUAUGCAGUGUUUCUUAAUAUUUUGCUGCUUAUUAUCAUGUUACAUUGCUUCAGAAGGCUUUGAUCUGAUCAGUGGAAAAAUUCUGAUUUUUUUUUUUUUCGAGAUUUUUCUUUUCUCACUUAGGAUUAAUUUAAUGCAUACAUUUUUUUUUUUUUU